AUGCCGAGGGCAGGAGGCAGCCGCCGUGACAAGGGGGUCGACGGCAUACUGCCGGAUUCACGGCCACCCAAGGACGCCGCCGGAGACCAAAGGCAACCGGAAGCAUCGAGACCGGCUCCCACCCCUGAGCUGAGCGCGCCUGAACCGAGCGCGUCGGCCAAGCCGGAGCCGCAGGGGCCGCCGUGCCCUGAGCCGAGGGCAGCAGCCGACGCCGGUCGAGCCCGCCCCGAGCACAUAGAGGGCGGGGCACAUGGCCACGGCAAGGGUGGCGCCGACGCGGCAGCAAUCGUGGACCCCGAGCGCCUCUGCAGAGAGGGCUCGCAGGGGACCCAGUGCCCGGCCGUCGUCUAG